AUGAUCAUGCAUUACAUUACUCCGAAAGAAAGCGUGAUUCUUAACGUUCUCGCAGCUGAGGUGGAUUUCACUACAUGCGAGUCCAUUGUGAUGUCGCAAGAGGUUGAUGAGGAUGGCGAUCGCACCCUGGCUGUCGUCACCAAGGUCGACCGGGCUCCUGAUGGCCUCUACGAGAAGAUCCAAGGAGAUUCAGUGCGCAUUGGACUUGGCUACGUGUGUGUCCGGAACAAGACUGACGCUGACGCUUCUCAUGAGGAUGCAAGAAGGGCAGAAGAGGCCUUUUUCAACAAUCAUCCAGAAUUGUGCCAGAUCGAGGCCCAUUCCCGUGGAAUUCCAGCCCUGGCUCAACGCCUGACGGAAAUUCAGGCCAAGCGAGUUGCAGACAGCAUUCCAAGGAUCAGGCAGGCCAUCCAGAAGGCACUUGCUGCAAAGGAGUCUGAACUGCAGACCAUUCCGUUUGCAGCCACAUCGAACGCCGCAGCAUUGGGGGUAAUUUCUUCAACGAUUCAGAAGAGACGGGACAUGAUGAGUGGGGUCAUCAGUGGGAGGUAUGGCCCAUUCCAGGGCGAUGAUGAGAUGCACUACGCUGCCAGGCUGCACGAGAAGUUCAACGACUUUGAGGCUAAGAUGCGGAAGGUUCUCCCAAAUUUCCUUGGGAAAGACUACACUGAAAGGUGCAAGGAGGCUCUGAAAGAGGUGGCUGGGGUUUCGCUCCCGAACAUGCUGGAUCAGGCUAUGGUGAAGCAGCUUGUUCAGGAGGUGGUGGACAGCAUUGAAGGGCCGUGCCUGCUGCUGGUGAAUGAUUGUUUCGCCUAUGCAACCGAGGUGCAGCAGGCUGUGGCGUCACAUGUGUGUGGGAUGUACCCUGGACUGAACAACGUGGUUCAUCUCCAAGAUGGCGCUGUAUGGGGGGAGAUUCAUGGUGGGGACGUAUCCAAGAUUGCAGCUCUCAAGGCUGUGGAUGAGCAGCGUAGGGAUCGAUUGGAGGGGAGUGUGAAAAAGCUGAAGGCAUCUGAAUCCACGCUACUGGGCCUUGCAUUUGAUGCGCCCAGGCUGCUAACCUAG